UGUGUCACCUGCAAUUAUUCACUUGAAGUUAUCACAGCAUGGAAGGUGAACGAGAACAGCGCGUCCCUUGAUGAAGGAGGUCAUGGUGAUUACAGGAGAGAGACACCAGGGAAUGAGCCCUCAACCACGCCAGCUGAAGAGACACCCAAAGGCAAGGAAGAGGAACCACAGUCCACACAUAUUACUCAUGCCUCAUCAUCUGAGAUAAAACAGUGGGAGACUGGUAUUUCUCUGAAUGAAGAGCAGCAACUCUCAGUAGAUUCAGCUUCAUUGUCUGCAUCCACAAACAGAGAGACUAACGACGAUGGUGAAGACGUGGAGCAGUCUAACGUUCAAAACGGUGAUGCAGCUGAAAAGAAGACGGUGCCUCUUCCAGAAGGGUCUUCACCCUCAGAUGAAGAAACAGCGUGGAAGGUGAAGGAGAUCAGCGCGUCCCAUAAUGAAGGUGGUCAUGGUGAUUACAGGAGAGAGACAUCAGGGAAUGAGCCAUGGACCACGCCAGCGGAAGAGCUCUCCAGAGAAAAGCACACCGGGGGGGAGGAGAAGAAAGCACCAGAAACAAGCAGCCCACCAGCCCUGGGUGUCAGAAAGGACCAUCAAGCAAAUCGACAUAAUGAAGAAACCCAAGGCCCUAACAACGUUGAAGCUGGAGAGGAUGGUGGAAGCAGCCCAAAGAAGGAUUUACAGGAUGACACCUUCCCAGAGCGAAAGGAAAAUGUUCCUACAGCUCAGGAGUCUGCUGAUGCUCAACAUGCAGUUCCAGGGGCUAUUGCGAAUCAAGGAGGAAGUAGACGAUACCUGAUACUAGGUAUACUGGGGGUGGUUGUUGCCUUGCUGGCGUCCCAUCUCCAACCCGAGUCUCCACCUCAGAAAGAAGAUCUUCAGCAAAUAGACAUCUUCCUCAGACAGUUGGAAAAAGUAAAGACUCAGUUUCCUAAUCAGCGUGCUGAGCUCUGGAAUAGGAGCAAGAUCCACCUGCUGAGGCACCUCCAGUCAGCCCAGCCCACAGAGCCAGUCAGUCUGAUCCUGACUGCAGGCCACCGAGCCGAGACCACACUGCGCUGCCUGGCUCAGGGGCUGGCUUCCGCCUUCUCGUCCGCCCUCAACGCCUCCGUCCUCCACAUCGACGGAGCCAGCAAAGCCAGCCAGGACAGCGACCAGGUCAAACUGGACAUCGACAGAAAGUUGCAGGGAGCUUUCGAAGGAGACAAACCCGUGGCUGUCAUUGACCGCUUCGAAGAGCUGCCCCCGGGCUCCACCCUUAUUUUUUAUCGCUACUGCGACCACGAGAACGCCGCCUACAAGAAGACGUGUCUGAUCUUCACAGUACUGCUGGGGGACGAAGAGGAGAUUCCUGCCGAGACUCGUUUGAGCACUGUGGAGGAGAUGGUGGACGACCAUCUACAGAAGAAGUUCCUUUCGGACGGCCGCCCAGUAUCUUUUGACAGGAUGGACCUUGAUAAGUACGGGGGACUGUGGAGCCGUAUUUCUCACCUCAUCCUGCCUGUGGCAGCAGAGGAAAGGAUAGAAAAUGAAGGGUGCAAGGACAUUAAUGCUCACUCUUGUUGGAACUUUUAGUCUAAGCACUUAACUUCAGUCAGAUUUCUCAAUGGUUGACUCCGGUCAUUCUGGGGCUAGUAGCCAAUGGUUUCUUACAUAUAAUAUAUUGAAGCAAGUAGAAAUUAAUAUUAUGCCGAUUAUGAUAUAGGUUACAUGUUUGUAAAAAAAAGAAAUCUGUGGACAUUGAGUGUGAAACCCCCCCCCCCCCCCCGGCUGUGGCGCUUUAUUCUUGUAGUUCUUUGAUCAAAUGUAAUCAUGGAUAAAUCGUAAGAUGAUUCGACUGGGCGCUUUUGUGGAUUUUACAUCACAAAGAGUUACAAGACAGAAUACAUUUUAUGGUAUCUUAAAACAGGGUUAAUUGUUUUUAUGACAAAUGUGUUUUCUGCGAUUCUCAAACCUACACGGCACCACAUGUCUUAACUGAACUCCCCAUGUUCCUUUUUAUACAUACAUAGACGUAUAUCACACUACAGGAAGGGGUUUGAUUAUAAAAUAAGUGCAUACAUUGAAUGUGCCUUAAAGUCUGAAUAAACAAGUCAAUUCAAAUGCU